UUGGGCCUCCGCAGAUGGUUGAGGUGCCAUCUGGCACCUUAAUCCUUCCUCGUUGAACUCGAUGCAUCCGCGGCGUCCAGACGGUUUCGAUGGCUUGGGCUAUAGGGGUGGAAGCAGCAGCCGGGAGGUUCCUGGGGGCAACAGUUUCUCCGCAAAGUCCUUCAGCUCCUCUGACCUGAGCCACUGGGUGACCACUCCGCCCGACAUCCCUGGCAGCCGCAACCUGCACUGGGGGGAGAAGAUCCCACUUUAUGGCCCUGGAGCAGCCUCCACCCCGGUCAGGGGGUCCUGCGAGGAGCCCUAUCCUGGUGGCUGCAGCAGCGGGCCCGGGGCUAGUAGUGCCUAUUCUUAAAAAAAGGAACAGUUAAAUAGAUUUGCUGGAUUUGGUAUUGGACUUGCAAGUCUGUUUACAGAAAAUGUGUUGGCCCAUCCUUGCAUUGUUCUUCGUCGACAAUGUCAGGUUAAUUAUCAAGCUCGACAUUAUCACCUCACUCCAUUUACAGUCAUCAAUAUUAUGUACAGCUUCAACAAAACCCAGGGUCCAAGAGCCCUUUGGAAAGGAAUGGGAAGCACAUUUAUUGUUCAGGGGGUCACACUUGGAGCUGAAGGAAUCAUCAGUGAAUUCACACCUUUGCCAAGAGAACUUUCUCACAAAUGGAGUCCUAAACAAGUGGGAGAACACCUUCUACUUAAAGCCCUAACUUAUGUGGUGGCAAUGCCUUUUUAUUCAGCGAGCCUGAUCGAAACUGUUCAGAGUGAGAUAAUUCGGGACAAUGCUGGAAUUUUGGAAUGUGUAAAAGAAGGAAUUGGCAGAGUAAUAGGCUUGGGAGUGCCUCAUAGCAAGCGUUUGCUCCCACUUCUUGCUUUGACCUUUCCCACUGUUUUGCAUGGAGUUCUUCAUUAUAUCAUAAGUUCUAUCAUCCAGAAGUUUGUUCUACUGGUUCUGAAAAGGAAGAAUACUCAUAAUCAUCCAUCUGAAAGUACCAGUCCUGUGCAGAGUAUAUUGGAUGCUUAUUUUCCUGAACUGAUUGCAAACUUUACUGCCAGCCUCUGCUCUGAUGUUAUGCUUUACCCACUGGAAACAGUUUUGCACCGUCUUCAUAUUCAAGGAACACGUACAAUAAUUGACAAUACAGACCUUGGCUAUGAAGUGCUUCCAAUCAAUACUCAGUAUGAGGGAAUGAGAGACUGUAUCAAUACUAUAAAGCAAGAAGAAGGAAUGCUUGGUUUUUAUAAAGGGUUUGGCGCUAUCAUAGUACAGUAUACACUGCAUGCAGCUGUUCUUCAGAUUACCAAAAUUAUUUACUCUACACUGCUUCAAAGUAAUGUUUAAAACAGAGAUCCAUCACUCAUUAGUCAAGGAAACAUAAUCUGGACUCAACUACUAUGAAAUUAUGAAGAAAAAAUGAAUAUCAUAAAAA